GGCACAGAGGUGAGCUGAGAGGAAUGUCUUCUCAGUGUGGCCUGAAGGGUAGCUCAGAGGAGUUUUGCCUGGAUUGCGUGGGUAGAACAUAGGAGGGAAAGUCACAAUGAACGGUCAUAUUUCUAAUCACCCCGGUGGUUAUGGGAUGUACCCAUCUCAAGUGAAUGGCUACGGAUCAUCACCCACCUUUUCACAGAUGGACAGAGAACACAGUUCAAAAACAAGUGCAAAGGCCCUUUAUGAACAAAGGAAGAAUUAUGCACGGGACAGUGUCAGCAGUGUGUCAGAUAUAUCUCAGUACCGCGUUGAACACUUGACUACCUUUGUUCUGGAUCGGAAAGAUGCUAUGAUAACCGUUGAUGACGGGAUAAGGAAACUGAAAUUGCUUGAUGCCAAGGGCAAAGUGUGGACUCAAGAUAUGAUUCUUCAAGUGGAUGACAGAGCUGUGAGCCUGAUUGAUUUGGAAUCAAAGAAUGAACUGGAGAAUUUUCCUCUGAACACAGUCCAGCACUGUCAAGCUGUGAUGCAUUCAUGCAGCUAUGAUUCCAUUCUUGCCCUGGUGUGUAAAGAGCCAACCCAGAACAAGCCAGAUCUUCAUCUUUUCCAGUGCGACGAGAUUAAGGCGAAUCUAAUUAGUGAAGAUAUUGAAAGUGCAAUCAGUGAUAGUAAAGGGGGAAAACAGAAGAGGCGGCCUGAAGCCCUGAGGAUGAUUUCCAAAGCAGAUCCUGGUAUACCACCUCCACCCAGAGCCCCAGCGCCAAUGCCGCCUGGGACUGUUACUCAGGUGGAUGUCAGAAGUCGGGUGGCAGCCUGGUCUGCCUGGGCAGCUGACCAAGGAGAUUUUGAGAAACCAAGGCAGUACCAUGAGCAGGAGGAAACACCCGAGAUGAUGGCAGCUCGGAUUGACAGAGAUGUGCAAAUCUUAAACCACAUUUUGGAUGACAUUGAAUUUUUUAUCACAAAACUCCAAAAAGCAGCUGAAGCAUUUUCUGAGCUUUCUAAAAGAAAGAAAACUAAGAAAGGUAAAAAGAAAGGACCAGGAGAGGGUGUUUUAACUCUGCGAGCAAAACCGCCACCUCCUGAUGAAUUUAUUGACUGUUUUCAAAAAUUCAAGCAUGGAUUUAACCUUCUGGCUAAAUUAAAGUCUCACAUCCAGAAUCCCAGUGCUGCAGAUUUGGUUCAUUUUCUAUUCACUCCAUUAAAUAUGGUGGUGCAGGCAACAGGAGGGCCUGAACUAGCCAGGUCAGUCCUCAGCCCCUUGUUGACCAAGGAUACAAUUGAUUUCUUAAAUUAUACUGUCAGUCCUGAUGAACGGCAGCUGUGGAUAUCAUUGGGCGAAACUUGGAUGAAACCCAGAGCAGAGUGGCCAAAAGAACAGUUUAUUCCACCGUACGUCCCUCGGUUUCGCAAUGGUUGGGAACCCCCAAUGCUGAACUUCAUGGGUGCGCCAAUGGAACAGGAUCUUUACCAACUGGCUGAGUCUGUGGCGAAUGUAGCAGAACAUCAGCGCAAACAAGAAAUAAAAAGACUAUCCACCGAGCAUUCCAGUGUAUCCGAGUACCCUCCAGCUGAUGGCUACGCAUUCAACACCUACACAAGAGGGCCCCCGCCUCUGGACCAAGGGGAGGCUGCUGUUGCUUUUAAGCCAACUCCUAAUCGCCAUGUAGAUAGAAAUUAUGACCCAGUCAAAACACAGUCCAAGAAAUAUGCCAAAUCCAAGUAUGACUUUGUGGCAAGGAACAACAGUGAGCUGUCAGUUCUAAAGGAUGAUAUUCUAGAGAUACUUGAUGAUAGGAAGCAAUGGUGGAAAGUUCGAAAUGCAAGUGGAGACUCUGGAUUUGUGCCAAAUAAUAUCCUAGAUAUUGUGAGACCUCCAGAAUCUGGGUUAGGACGUGCUGAUCCACCAUACACACAUACCAUACAGAAACAAAGGAUGGAGUAUGGGCCAAGACCAGCUGAUACUCCCACUGCCCCCUCACCACCUCCAACCCCGGCUCCUGUCCCUGUCCCACUCCCACCUUCUGCUCCGGCACCCGUUCCUGUGUCAAAGGUCCCGGCAAAUGUGACCCGUCAGAACAGCAGCUCCAGUGACAGCGGUGGCAGUAUUGUGCGAGAUAGCCAGAGACACAAGCAACUUCCAGUAGAUCGAAGGAAAUCUCAGAUGGAGGAAGUGCAGGAUGAGCUCAUCCACAGGCUGACCAUUGGCCGGAGUGCCGCUCAGAAGAAGUUCCACGUGCCACGGCAGAACGUGCCAGUUGUCAAUAUCACGUAUGACUCCACACCAGAGGACGUGAAGGCGUGGUUACAGUCAAAGGGAUUCAACCCUGUGACUGUCAACAGUCUUGGAGUAUUAAAUGGUGCACAACUUUUCUCUCUCAAUAAAGAUGAACUGAGGACAGUCUGCCCUGAAGGGGCCAGAGUCUUUAGCCAAAUCACUGUACAAAAAGCUGCACUAGAGGAUAACAAUGGCAGCUCCGAGUUGCAAGAAAUUAUGCGAAGACGACAGGAAAAAAUCAGUGCUGCUGCCAGUGAUUCAGGAGUGGAAUCUUUUGAUGAGGGGAGCAGUCACUAAUUUGUUUGUUUGUUUGUGUUAAACUCCAUUAUUCUUGGCAUUAUUCCAACAUGCUUUGUUUUAAGAAGCCUUGAAGGGAAUGUCAGAUUUAUCUUUCCGGUGUACUUAAUUUAUCACCAUUAAAAAAACAAAAAUGCAAACCUGAGUAAGCAGAGGAUUUGCUUCUAGGCCUAUUAUUUUUAUUAAAACUUAAAAGUUUUAAAUGGAAAUUUAUGACCUUGGAAAUUUUUUUUUUCUACUUUACCCAAGGUAAUGUUUUCUUUACUAGAUUAAUUAUUUCAUCCUUAUUUCAGUAUGUAAGCAGGAAUUUUCUGACAGUGGUGAAUUUAUUCACUGCAGCAAAGCAAAAAUAUUGUUCAUGACUCAAAAUCUAAACAAUUUCAGUUUUACCUGUGAAUAUGAUGUCUGUCCUUCAGGGUAGAGCUCGCUUUAGGCUAGCCUCUGUGAACUUAGGUCUCUUCUCUGACAUACUCAAUGAUAAUGAUAUUUAGAUUUAUUUAAAGUGCUUAAUGCCAACAGUUUAAAAACAUUAAAACAUUUGAAUGAACUGUAAAGUCCAGCCAGGCUUUGGUCAUGCAAAUAUAAACCGAUAGCACAUUCCCAGCACAUUUUAUUUGUCAUGGCUCGAUUAAUCACAAUUCCUUGUAUAGCUUGUAUUUUGAUUUUGUUUCUAUUCUACUUAUUACUGAUUCUGUGUUCUUAAAUAUGAAAAAGCACAAGUGGGAAAGAGGUCAUUAAACAUUCCAACUCCAUCACAGGCAGUAGCGUGCAUUGGUGUGCAUUCCAGUAUUUUGCUUAAAGAAGGCCUCAGUUCUGAAUAUUGAUAUAAGUAGUUAAAAGGAAAUUGGGGCCAUUUUAUGUGUUUAUCUGUGUCAAGUCUUUCUGAUAAUAAGAAGCACUUAAUUUCCACAUAUUUUAAUCUCGUGAAAGAUUCUAGAUAGAGAAAAGAAAGAUACCUAACCUUCAACAAAUGUUAUUUUUGGAAACACGAUUUUUGUCAUUAAAUGUUAUAUUAUUUCACAUAUAUAAAACAGAUGUUAUGUAAGAAUGUUGUAUAUUUUAACAUAAAUCCAUUUAGAGAGAUUAUCUAGAUUCAUUAAUUUUCAUAGUGCCUUUUUCACAUGAGUCAGCUGGAAAGUCUGCAAUAAACAGUAUUUGCUGUAUGUUAA